CCAGAUUCUGUAGCACGAGGUGCCAUAGUGUAAAGCGAGUAAGAAGCGGGGACACUCAACAUUCACCCAUCAGCAGACGCACAGCAAAAUACAUCUGACCACGAUUUGAGCACCAUUUGCUCUCUUCCAAGCAUUUACGACAAUAGGAAAAUGAUAUCUGAAUAUGACGUUAGACAAAGCGGGAAUUUGGCCGACAUUGCAAAGUAGUUAAAAGUCUGUGGGCGCGACCUUCUCAUCAUGCUGCUUUUUUGUACGGAAAACAAUCGGUCGAUACUACUAUACCACCCCUCUCGUGGACCUUCUUGAUUCGCGCAAAAUUCAUCGUCUUCUCUGAGUCUAUCAGUCGACCAAUCGAAAAGAAAACAUCCCGCCAUUAUAGUCGCCUCUCGUUGCACUUCGUCCCAAGGCAGCCAGCAUGACUUCUUAUAUAGGUUUGGUUCUAGGCAUUGACGGUGGGCCCGGAGGACCAGGUUACCCUGGUGGGAUAGGGGGAGACGGAGGUGAUGGAGGCGACAUAGAUUUCGAAGUUCCUGCGCAUACUGAGAUAGGGGAGGCGAAAGGAGGGGAUGGUGGACGAGGAGGCGACGGGUUCCAUCCGGGGCAUGGGGGCGCCGGAGGGAUUGUAACGGUUCCGCCUCUAGUGAAGAGUAAGGUACAAGGGAAAAGAGGUGCAGAUGGAGCAGUUCCAAAAGGUGCUACUGGCGGUACUGGAGGCAACGGGGGGAAAGGGGGCCACGUGACAAUCAGAGUGGCUUCUUCUUCUUCUUCUUCCAGUCAUGGGGCAGCACCACACGCGACUCUCCACGCUGUAACACCAGCUCCCGUGGAUAAGUGGAAGGCGGGGAAAGGAGGCAAGGGUGGCAAGCCGGGGAAGGAUUUCGGGGAAUGGAAGGGCGGAAAGGGCGGGAAAGGAGGGAGGGGAGGGAACGCGGUUGUGGCUUGGCAUGCCACAAAAGGCUGGGUCGGAAAGGAUGGGGAAGAUGGAGACCCCGGGCAGGAUGGGAAAGAUGCCACGCAUGGGAAGAAUGGGGCUGAUGGAGCGGCAGGGAAAGACGGGAAAGAUGGGAAAUUGUAAAUGGACAUUGAAUUCUGUUAGGUCGAAGUUGAGUGUUGCGGAAGCUAAGGCCAUGUGUAUGGAGGUUCCAACUUAAGUAGUGCUUAAAAGCCCUCUAGGGGCUCCGCUUCCUAUAGAUAUCAAUG